AUGGGAAAGAAAAGCAAAAGAGUUCGAACGAAACAAGAAACUGAAGCCACGAUGACAGGAGAACUCAAAAAAGAAGACCAGUACGCGCUUCACAAGAAAGAGUUUGACAGAAUCAUCGCCAAAUAUAAGCUUGAUGACCCCAAGAAGGCUGAAGGUAUCGCGGAAUUGCUCACCAACCAAGAUAGUGGUGUGUCGGCGCCAGCUUUUGCGGAAAAGUUUGGUAUGCAAGUUGAAGAAGCAGUCGUCUUUUUGGAAUGGAUCAAAGUGGGAAUAAAAUUCAAGGAAGAAGCGAUAGAUACCGCCAAGAAAGCAGGGCUCAGCAAAUCGUCCUAA